UCUUUUUAAUCAUUCUUCAUAUUCCAUGUUGUGUAGUUUUAAUGCAGGGCAAGUUGAUAAAACAUAUGAUCUGAUAUAGUUUUGAUGCUUAAAACAUAGAUGGCGCUAUUUUUCUUUCGUAUUCAAGUUACACUAUGGACUUUUGUUUUUGCUUUGUAUUGCGAGUUUAAGCACAUCGUUGUUGCAAGGAAAAAGGACAAGAAUUGGAAUAAUAUCAAAACGUGUAUUUUCGCAAUAGUUCUUAAUCAUCAUAUCACUGAAAUUAUCAAGUAUAAUUUCACACUUUAUCGUACCAGGUCCCAUGGUGUAAUGGUUAGCACUCUGGACUUUGAAUCCAGCGAUCCGAGUUCAAAUCUCGGUGGGACCUUCCGCCCUCGGUCUAACUUUUUACUGUUUCAUGCACGAUUUUCUCCCUUUUUGUAUUUUUUUUUCAUUAAUUUGAAUUUAAAAUAUCUUUAUUUUAUAUUAUAUUCAACAUAUUCGCGAACAAAACAACCUAAAGUAUAAAAUGUUACGAUAGUCUGUGGGAGUCUGAAGUCUGAAGGGAUGCUGGGUAGGGAGCAUUAUUGAUCGCGCGAAAAUGGGAUAGUCGUAUCCAUUCGCGGCCACCCAGCCCGCGGACGUGGGGCCGGUUUUCACUCUCAAAAACACGUAGAUACGCCUUAAAUAUUAGAUAAAUAGCUGAUAAAUAUCUUUAAAUAGUUAGUGUACGUGCUAGUUUAUUAGUAUUAAGUAAAAAUAACCACAAAGUGUAAUAAAACCCACCGCGCUAAUUCUAAACACCGUAACGUGACAUGUCAUACUGAAAGCGAAAGAAAAAAUUGCUUAUUACUCGACAAUACGUUGAAAUCAUGUGAAAUUACGUAAAAUUAACCUCAGAAAUACAUUGUGAUAGUAAUUACUUAGAUGUCCAAGCAGUGUUCAGUUUAAAACAAGUGAGAAUCUAAAAUAAUAAUGGCCGAUUUACUAUCUCCGGGUUAGAUUUAAGAAAAUAAUGUGGAAAAUAACAAACAUGAAUAAUUGUUUAAAAAGUGGGCUGUGUUUGAAGUGGCGUUGGCGUAAGCGUUGGCAUGAAAUUAAAAAAAUAAUAAUUGAUUCGUACGACGGGAGCGUGAAUGGGCCGUAUUAUUAGCUAUAUUGUGCUUAGACGUAUUAAUAAAAAUAUUUAAUUAUAUAACAAAAUGAAUACUUUUAACGCACCGACGACGCAAAUCAAUGCGAUAGAUAAGAUGACAACGGUGAAAUGUAAAUCUGUUGAUCUAGAAGGAUAUGUUAUUAUAGUAGUGCAAACUAAGGAUAAUAAAAUUAAAUUAUACGGUUCGCCAUCUGCCGGGAAUUGGGAUAACCUGGAGCUGGCUGACGAGAUCAUGGACGUGAAUGAGACGCGACUCGAGGAUAUGUCCCGGGCAGAGGUCCUCGGACAUAUACACGAGUGCAUUUCAUCCUGUGUCAUCAAACUUCGAGUGAAAAGGCGAAGUGAAACGAAAUUAUGUGAGUAUUAUUUAAAUAGCAACCGAUAAUAACUAUUAUCUGAAUUUUCAAUAUGCGGACUCCUUUUAAAUAAUAAUCAGUUAUUAAUUAGCUCUCUAGGUCAUAUACAUAUUUUUUUCUAGCCCAUGGCGUCCUACUACAGCCCCUCUAUUUCAUCAUUAAAAAAUA